AUGUAUCUUUGUUUCAACUGUUUUUUCUGCACAUUUUCUGCACAUACCUCAGCCAAGCUAUCAAGGUGUCAUUUGAGAACCCAUUCGGAUGAGAAACGUCACGUGUGUCACCUCUGCCCGAAGGCCUUCCAAAGAGCAGCUCUGCUGCAUAACCAUGUGAAUGCACAUACAGGGAACAAGCCCCAUAAAUGCAGUGAGUGUGACGCAGCCUUUGUGACCCGAGGGGAGCUUUCAAGACACAGGAGGUACAAACACACUUUGGAGAAGCCUUUCAAGUGCACAAUAUGUGAAUACUCUAGUGUAGAAGCCAGCAAGAUGAGGCGCCACGUUCGCUCGCACACGGGAGAGCGGCCCUACCCCUGUCACCUGUGCAGCUAUGCCAGCAAAGAUGCCUACAAGCUGAAAAGGCACAUGUUAACUCACACAGGUGAAAAACGCUAUGAAUGUUACAUUUGCCAAGCCAGAUUCACUCAAAGUGGUACAAUGAAAAUCCAUGUGUUACAGAAGCAUGGAGAAAAUGUGCCAAAACACCAAUGUCCACAUUGUAGUACUUUACUUUCCCGAAAAAGUGAUUUGGGUGUCCACCUGAGGAAUCUGCAUUCCUACAUGGAAGAGGCAGUGAAGUGCAGGGACUGUGGGGCAGCUUUCCACGAGCGCUACGCUUUCCUUCAGCACAGGAAGAGUCACAGGAGUGAGGAAAGAUUCAGAUUUUACAUGUGA